AAAAAAAAAGGCAUCGCUGGUGGUUCCUCAGUGGCAUGUGUGGCCAUGCUCUUUGCUCUUUGUUCAGGGUUUCACUGGGGAAAAAUCGUAAGAGGAUGGCUUGGGUCAGAAGGGACCCUAAAGAUCAUGAAGUUCCAAAGCCCCGCCACGGGCAGGGACACCUCCCACCAGACCAGGUUGCUCAAAGCCCCGUCCAACCUGGCCUUGAACCCUUCCAGGGAGGGGGCAGCCACAGCUUCUCUGGGAAACCUGUGCCAGUGCCUCACCGCCCUCACAGGAAAGAAUCGUGUGAAAAGAAAUCCCAGGGCCCACAGCCUGCUAUGUGCCCGCCGCAGCGCUUCCACGCACCCCGAGCGCCCUCGGGCAGACCGCCCGUGGGACCUCGCCGCUGGCACUGUCCCCCGCGAGGAGAAGGGGAAAACCCAGCCUCAAUGGCAGCCGCUCCUCUCCUCCUCCUCCUCCCGCCCAGCGCAGGGCCGAGGCGCCGCGCAGGACGGGGGGGGGGGGCGGCCGCCCCUCCCACAGGUGUUUCUCACCCCCGCGACGCGGCGCUGCCCUGACAGGGGCGACCCAGCGCUAUGAGGGCACCGGGAGAGGGACGGCGCCGCCGCCCCCAGGUAACGGCGCGGGCCGGCCACCCCCCCCUUCCCCUCCCCCGCCGUCGGCGGACUACAUUUCCCGCCGCGCUUUGCGGCCGGUCGCGCCGGCUUCCGGUGGCGCGUGGUUUCCGGAGCGGAUCGGAACCCGGAGUCCGGAUCCGAUCCGGGUCUGGCCAUUCCCCAGGCAGGUUUAAAAAAUGGCUGAAGAUGGCAAUGAUGAGAUUAUGUUUAUUUGGUGCGAGGACUGUAGGCAGUACCACGAUUCAGAGUGUCCUGAACUAGGCCCAGUGGUGACAGUCAAAGACUCUUUUGUAUUGAGCAGAGCAAGAUCAUCUCUGCCUUCUAAUUUGGAGAUAAGACAAUUGGAAGAUGGGACUGAAGGAGUGUUUGCUCUGACUCAGCUAGUGAAACGUACCCAGUUUGGCCCAUUUGAAUCCAAGAGAGUUGCCAAGCUGGAAAAAGAAUCCAUUUUUCCCCUGAAGGUGUUCCGGAAGGAUGGGCCCCUGGUAUAUUUUGACACCUCAAAUGAAGAUGAUUGCAACUGGAUGAUGAUGGUGCGACCAGCUACUGAAUAUGAGCAUCAAAACUUAACUGCCUUCCAGCAUGACAAUGAUAUUUACUUCACCACCUCCAGGGACAUCCCACCAGGAACUGAGCUGCGAGUGUGGUAUGCAGCUUUUUACGCCAAAAAAAUGGAAAAGCCAAUGCUGAAGCAGGUCACUAGUAUUGCCAAUGAUAUGUGCUUGGUAGUGAUGGAAUCUGAUAAAGAGGGGAAUAAAAUCCCUUCAAAACCAUCAUCUGCUGUCUUACCCCAUAAAAAAACGAAGAAAUCCAGCAUACCAACAGCUGAUCCAGCAGUGAACACUCCAGAAGGCAGUGGAGCUGCAGAAGCAGAGUCCAGCCAGUGGACGUGUAAAGUGUGUUCAUCUGCUUUCCAGGAGCCUCAGCUGCUGACAGAGCACUUGCUGAGUCACUUGGAACAAGCUAAAGGUGCCCCCCAAACCAGCCAAAAUGAGGCUGUUGCAGAGAAAGCAGCAGAGCCUCCCCCUGUGGAUCAGCCAGUGGUUUGUGAUGCAGCCAGUGCUGGUACAGACUCAAGGAGAAAGGCCAGGCGGGGAAGAAAGCCCAGAACAGCAAAAGCAGAAGCACCUCUUGUCAUUGUUGAAGAAAAGGAUUCUGCAGUGGAACGUGUAGCUGAUGUUGUAACUGAGGUCCCACCAGAAGAGGUAGCCCUGUCUUCAGCUGCAGAAGAGAGGAUUAUGGAAUUGGUUUUAGGAAAGAUGCCUAGCACCACAAAUAGCAUCAGUUCAGUGACAAAUAGGUUUGCUCAUCACCAAAACACCAUGUCCCUCAAAAGAAGUUUAAUUCUCUCCAGUAGACAUGGUAUACGGCGGAAGCUGAUAAAACAACUUGGGGAGCACAAGCGAGUCUAUCAAUGCAGUAUCUGCAGUAAGAUAUUCCAGAACAGCAGCAACCUCAGCAGGCACAUCCGUUCCCACGGUGACAAACUAUUUAAAUGUGAGGAAUGCGCAAAGCUGUUCAGCCGUAAAGAGAGCUUGAAGCAGCAUGUUUCAUACAAGCACAGCAGGAACGAAGUUGACAGUGAGUACAGAUACAAGUGCACCACGUGUGAAAAGGCCUUUCGGAUAGAGAGUGCAUUGGAAUUCCAUAACUGCAGGACAGAUGACAAGACAUUCCAGUGUGAGAUGUGUUUCAGAUUCUUUUCUACAAACAGUAAUCUUUCAAAACACAAGAAAAAGCAUGGGGAUAAGAAGUUUGCAUGUGAAAUCUGCAAUAAGAUGUUCUACCGGAAGGAUGUCAUGCUAGACCAUCAGAGACGACACUUGGAAGGGGUGAGGCGUGUGAAAAGAGAAGAGUUUGAGCACAGCACGGAAAACAUGGUUCGCUACAAGAAGGAGCCUUCAGGAUGCCCCGUGUGUGGGAAGGUAUUUUCUUGUAGGAGCAAUAUGAAUAAACACCUUUUAACACACGGAGACAAGAAAUACACUUGUGAAAUCUGUGGACGAAAAUUUUUCAGAGUGGAUGUGUUGAGAGAUCAUAUUCAUGUCCAUUUUAAGGACAUAGCACUAAUGGAUGAUCACCAGAGAGAAGAGUUCAUUGGUAAAAUUGGAAUCUCAUCGGAGGAAAACGAUGACAACUCUGAUGAAAGUGCAGAUUCUGAGCCUCACAAGUAUAGCUGCAAAAGGUGCCAGUUGACUUUCGGCAGAGGGAAGGAGUACCUGAAGCACAUAAUGGAUGUGCACAAGGAGAAAGGCUAUGGCUGUAGCAUUUGUAAUCGACGUUUUGCCUUGAAGGCAACUUACCAUGCACACAUGGUCAUUCAUCGGGAGAACCUGCCUGAUCCGAAUGUGCAGAAAUACAUCCAUCCAUGUGAAAUCUGUGGAAGGAUUUUUAACAGUAUAGGAAAUCUGGAAAGACAUAAGCUUAUACAUACAGGUGUAAAAAGUCAUGCUUGUGAGCAAUGUGGCAAAUCAUUUGCUAGAAAAGACAUGUUAAAAGAACAUAUGCGAGUCCAUGAUAAUAUCCGAGAAUACUUGUGUGCAGAAUGUGGCAAAGGAAUGAAGACAAAACAUGCGCUUCGUCACCACAUGAAACUUCACAAAGGGAUUAAAGAAUAUGAAUGCAAGGAAUGUCACCGAAAAUUUGCACAGAAAGUCAAUAUGCUGAAGCAUUACAAAAGACACACAGGAAUCAAAGAUUUCAUGUGUGAGCUCUGUGGCAAGACGUUUAGUGAGAGAAAUACAAUGGAGACUCAUAAAUUGAUUCAUACAGUAGGAAAACAGUGGACAUGUUCAGUCUGUGAUAAGAAAUAUGUCACUGAUUACAUGCUACAGAAGCACAUCCAGCUCACUCAUGAUAAGGUAGAAGCCCAGAGCUGCCAGCUGUGUGGGACGAAGGUUUCUACCAGAGCAUCCAUGAGUCGACAUAUGAGGCGUAAACACCCAGAGAUUCUUUCGGUGAGGAUUGACGAUUUGGAGCAGCUGCCAGAGACAACUACCAUUGAUGCCUCCUCCAUUGGGAUUGUUCAGCCGGAACUAGCCUUGGAACAGGGAGAAUUACCAGAAGGGAAACAGCAUAUAAAAGCUCCUAAACGUGGUCAGAAAAGGAAACAAAAGUCAGGUGAGGAGGAGGAAGCUCAAGUGCCUGAGGACCCUCCCUUCAGUGAAUACACAGAGAAGGAAGGUGAAUUCACGGGGAAUGUUGGAGAUGAGACUAAUUCAGCUGUACAGAGCAUCCAGCAGGUGGUGGUGACCCUUGGUGACCCAAAUGUCACAGCCCCUUCCAGUUCUGUCGGGCUGACAAACAUCACUGUAACCCCCAUUACGACGGCAGCUGGGACCCAAUUCACAAACCUCCAGCCAGUGGCUGUGGGCCAUCUGACUGCACCUGAACGCCAGUUACAGCUGGACAACUCAAUUCUCACCGUGACGUUUGACACCGUCAGUGGUUCCGCCAUGCUGCACAACCGCCAAAAUGACAUUCAGAUCCAGCCGCAGCCAGAGGCAGCCAAUCCUCAGUCUGUGGCCCAUUUUAUAAACCUGACCACCUUGGUGAACUCCAUUGCUCCUCUGGGGAACCAGAUAACAGAACAGCAUCCUCUGACGUGGAGGUCAGUGCCUCAGGCUGAUGUAUUGCAGCCCCAGGCACAGCCGGCACAACAGCAGUCAGGACAGCAACAGGUUCAAACAGAGCAGCAACAACAGAUGUAUAGCUACUAAUUUAUACUUUGAAAAGUUUUGAAAUGGACAGAACUUAGAGACAAAAACACACAGACAUUUGGAAAAUUUCUCAUAGGAUUGUUUGCUGGAUACCAAACAGAGAUGGGAAAAUGUUUAUACAAUGAAAUGUAAGCUAAAAGUGGCAUAGCACCCUGCAACACCCUGAUCUUGAGAGUCUCAUGCUGUCUCUAGACCUUGCACUGUCAUAAAAAAAAAGGAAACAAAUCUCACCAUAAAUUUAGCUCCUCCUUGCACUGUGUAGUAAGAUUGAGAUUUGACAGGAGCAUCAUAAUACAUCUUAACCAAAGCAGGGAAAUCCUAAAUAUUACGGCACUGGCGAUUUACAAAACCCUUUCAGCCAUACCUUGUCACUUCUUUCCAGUCUGGAAAUUACAUAUGAAGACCUUGUUCACAGUGAGGUGGCAUGCACUUGUGGUCAGCUGGUAAAGACUGAAAUGUAAAGACACAAAUGGGCAAAACAAUAACUGUCUUGUUUUUUAUCUUCUUUAGGUCUUGUAUCUAACAACAUUGGUAAAGUAGGUGGAGGUUUGGGCUUUGGGGUGGGGAUAAGUGUGGUGUGGAAGAAAAUAUACCAAUUUCACAAAGUAUUUCCAUUUUAGUCAUAGGGAAAACCCUGUACCCAUAACACGGUGUUAGUGCUACUUGAAUCAGAUAGCUGGUCUAAUGCUAAAGGAACUUUUAUGGUUUUCUAAUCAAGUUUGAAUCAAACCAGUUAUGAACUGAAAAAAGCAAUGUGAUACGGUUUUAUGUAAUUUUUCAAAACUGCUCAUUCAAUCUUACUUUUAGCUAAUAUGCCUGAAGAGCAAUCAGUCCCCUUUGAUCAAGUUCAGGAUGUGAAUUUUUUUCAAUUAGUUUUCUUUCAUUGUGUAAUAAACAUUUGAGAAAGCAUUCUUUUAUAUAUAUAUACAUACAUAUAUAUAUAUAUAUAUAGCCUUUGUACUUUAAUGUGUGUUCCUGUGACUAUCUGUGCAAAAAGCAGUUAUCAAUAUGAUUCGUUAAUUUUUUCAUCCCCAUAUUGCCCUUUCUGUUUCCAAAACUCUUUCCAAAAUUCAUAGCCGCACACAAGAUUGUGUGAAGUACAAGAAAAAAGAACAUCUAGAGUAUAUUCUGCCACAUGGAGGCAGCAUGCCCUAGUGUAUAAUGGGCAAGGUUUGCAUGACUGUCUGGGAUAUAAAUAGUGGGUUGGGUCAAAUACAUCAUGGCUUGAUACUACACUCUCAUUCCAUUCUUCAUACAUUGAUGUGCAGUCUGGACUUACGCAUGUCAAGAAGUUAGUAUCUUUCCCACAGGGAAAAAGCAGCUGAUAUCAAAAAGUAAGAAAGUAAAAAAACGUGUUGCUGCCUGGAAUCCAGAAAAGGCAAUCUGUCCUUCCAGCUGUGGCUGAAGAACAAGGUCCUUUGGGACAGCAGACUGCGCCACAGAACCAUGCUAAAGAUUUUUGCUGAGGAUGAAGCAGCUGCUAUGUUUUCCAGUGAAGAUAGAUUAAUGGUUGUAAAAAUCCUGUCUGUGCCUAUCAUAUUUAUGAAAAUGUUAUAUGUAUUAGCAAAAAUAUGACUAGGAAUUACUUCAGCUUUGAAAGUCUGUAUUAACAUGGACAACUUGACCCUUAAAGGAUGCCUUAUAAUCUCUACAACAAAUUCUUCCAAAGUAUAAAUGUCUGGAUAUUAAAGUUAACCUCCAGUGGUUUUCUUGGUGCCAUAGCAGUGUCUGGAGGCUCAGUGUGCUAGGCUCUGUGUAAAGCUUGGUUGCAACAGGACAUGUAUAGGAAAGGGGUGUCUGGUGACAGAUUUUGUGUGUCAGUGGAGCAGAACUACUUUUCUGUAAAUGUCAGUGAGCCUAUAAAAUGUCUGUGUGGAAGGGACCUGUAUUUGAUGGGACAAGGAUGCAUACCAGAAAGGGACACUUUUACCAGUGUGGGAAAGACAAUUUUUCAUUCCCUAACUCCUUUUGUCUUCUUCAGAUCCUUUUCACACAAUACCGUGAGAUCCUGUAAUUUUAUUAGACUCCCACUAUCCUGAGAAGUUCAGUUUUAUGCCCCUCUAGCACCUGGAGUAUUUCACCACUGGCUUGAGCCAGUUCAGUUUCUCCUCAGCUGUCUUGUCGACAAAUGCUUCCACUUCACACCAAACCCACUGGUCAAGAGGAAACUAGGUUUUAUUUAUGAAAUAUGUUGUGUAUGUACUUGAAACUCCCCCCUUCCCCUGCCCCCUCCAUUUUUGUGCCUAAUGGCAAAGGCAUGUUAGCUUUUGUCAGUGUGUUGGGGGGGGGGGGGGGGGUGGGUGAGAAAUGAAUGAAAGCAAAUGGAGAGAUCCUAGGUCAAGUUGUAAUGGUAAAUAAAAGAUGUCUAACAUCUAAAAAAAUACAGAUAUAUAUAUUAUGUACACACACACGGAGGGUUACAGUGCUGCAUAGAGAGUUUCUACAAGAUCAGGGUUUUGUUUAGAUGUGUGUAACUGGUGGUUAAGCAUUUAAGUGGGAAAGAGAGUUUUUGCCUUAGCUGCAGAGUGAGUUUAUCUGCUCUAUGUUAAUGCUACUGAUAGUAGCAUUCAUGAUGCAUUGGAUCAACCUGAGUCAUUUUAACAUGGAAUUGCCUCUUUGAUAAGAAUUGUAUAUGGAGGUAAUCAACCAUUACAAAGACCUCUCUGACUUCACAAAAUCUCUUUAUCCUAAUGUGAUCCUCUGGUAUUCUGUACUCUUAAGCUGCCUAGCAUACCCCCUCCCACGCUAACUGGCCUGCAUCAUCUCUUCCAGGCAAGUUAGCAUCUUACCUUUCUGGUAGUGAUUGAUUCUAGCUGAUUUAAACAGGAAUGAUCACACAAUAAAUGCUUGCAUGGUGGUUGGUGGCCUCAUAGGAAAGAAAUGUCUCUCUUCGGUCUCUCAGUACCCCCAAAAUCAUAGAACCAUAGAACAGCGCAGGUUGGAAAGGGCCACAAAAGAUUCUCUGUUCCAGCCUUUUUUUGGAAAGGGAGCCUAGAUGAGAUUAUCUAGCACUCUGUCCAACUGCAUCUUUAAAACCUCCAGUGACAGGGAUUCUACUGUGUCCCUGGGGAGGCUGUUCAAGGGGAUGAUUGUUCUUACUGUAAAAAUUAUCUUAAAUAACAUUCUGCUUCAGGAGGGAAAAUUAUAACCCCUGCAAGGGCUUUGACUAGGCCAGGCAAAAGAAAGUUCUCUAAAAGCUAAUCUUCCCAGAGCACUCCUUUUAGAAAUUAUCUUGACUUUCCCUGCAACCAUUGCUAUGGUACCUUGUCAUCUCUCAGCAUGAUUUUAUUAUUACUACUGUUACUAACAUCCCUAUGAGAACACAGCUGUAUCUUGGGUGUGCUGCAACAUGAAACAUUUCAAAACAAAUUACUUUGGUUUUGUUUCAAACAAAUUAUUUUGCUUGGAGAAGUUGGAAAUGGAUGCCUUUUCAGACAGAGCUUACCUUGGAGAACUACUGACUGCCAGCUGCCCUCCCAACUCAGCCUUUUUCAGAUGAAUACCAAAGUUAUACUGAUGCUGUUUCAAACUGCACAAGAAAUAAAGCUACAUAAGGGAUGUGCAAUCUAAAUUUCCUUUUGCCAAUUUGUUACUAGCCUUUUCAUCUAUAGGAUGUGAAGGUUAUUGUUUUCAGCCAUGUGUUGGAGUUCUUGCAACUGUUCAGUAACAAACUGGAAUUACUUUGAGCCAAAGGAAUGAUAUUGUGUAGUGUUCUGCGUAUUGUCAUUGUUUAUUAAUAAGACUAUUAUUUAAUUGAAUGCUGUCUGUGGCACAUGGGCUCUGAAGUAAAGGAGCAUCAAGGUACAGAA